AAAACUGUGGUGUAUUACAUGUGUGCGUGCACACGCACACAGACGCGACUACCUGCACUUACCAUUAUUAGUAAUAAACGAGCAUCUCUCAGAGCCGGUUGUUUCACUUAAAUACUUGCAAAUACCUCACUGGCGACGAUCCGUGCUAUACCCGCGUGUGUAUUUAAAAUGACUACCACUACCUUUAUCGGAAAUUUGAGCCAUUUCGAUCAUAAUACCCAAGAAUGGGAAAUUUUCAGUAGUCGUUUGAAGCAGUUCAUCGUUUUAAAUAGUAUUAAAGAUGAUAUGAAACAGGCAGUGCUACUGACACAUCUGCAUGACGAUACAUACCGGCUAUUGAAGAACCUGGUGUACCCAACCAAGGUGGAGGAUGCCGGGUACGACAAGUUGCUGAAGGUGCUCGACGGUCAUUUUACUCCGAGGAGGUGUACCUUCGCCGACAAAGCCAAAUUUUACGAGGCAACACGUGACGUAGGGGAGAGUGUCGAGAAGUGGGCGGCCAGGAUCAGAGGACUCGCCGUACACUGCGAGUUUGGAAACUCGCUGGACAUGCUGUUACUGGACAAGUUCGUGCUGGGGCUACGAGCCGGCAAGGAGCGCGAGCGACUCUUCGAACAGGACGUCUCCACGCUCACGCUGGCGAAGGCGAUGGAGCUGGCGCAGCAGACGGAGUGUGCGCAGAAGGCGCGCGCUGACGCGGUGGCCGUGGCCGUGAAGCAGGAGCCGGUGUACCGGGCGGGCGCGCAGCCGUCCGCCGGCCGCCGGGAUCCCGUCGCGAGGACCUGCUCGGUGUGCGGUAUGAGGAGCCACGACGAGAGUAGGUGCCGAUACAAAUCCUACCGGUGUCAGCUGUGUGGUGAAAAGGGACACCUCAAGAAAGUGUGUACUUCAAAGAAACAGUCUAAGUGCCGUGUAAAUAACGUGGAAGUGGCAGAAUUUUCGACGUCGGAAGGUGGAGACUGUGACAAUUGCAAGGAAUGUCAACUUUUUAGCUUAAGGUCUUACAAUUAGUGGUGGAGAAAUGUGGUGUAUUACAUGUGUGCGUGCACACGCACACAGACGCGACUACCUGUACUUACCAUUAUUAGUAAUAAACGAGCAUCUCUCAGAGCCGGUUGUUUCACUUAAAUACUUGCAAAU